CGUGAGGAGAACGUGUACAUGGCAAAGCUGGCGGAGCAAGCCGAAAGGUAUGAAGAAAUGGUGGACUUUAUGGAAAAGGUUUCGAAUUCUCUAGGUUCGGAAGAAUUAACUGUGGAAGAGAGAAAUCUUCUCUCCGUCGCCUAUAAAAACGUGAUCGGAGCGCGUAGAGCAUCGUGGCGUAUAAUUUCAUCGAUUGAGCAAAAGGAAGAGUCAAGAGGAAAUGAGGAACAUGUUAAUUCGAUUAAGGAAUACAGAUCUAAGAUUGAGAAUGAGUUGUCGAAGAUUUGUGAUGGAAUUCUCAAACUGCUUGAUUCUAAGCUUAUUCCCUCUGCUACAUCUGGUGAUUCUAAGGUAUUUUACCUGAAAAUGAAGGGUGAUUAUCAUCGCUAUUUGGCUGAGUUUAAGACUGGUGCUGAACGUAAAGAGGCUGCUGAGAGUACUCUCACUGCUUACAAAGCUGCUCAGGAUAUUGCAUCUGCUGAACUUGCCCCCACACAUCCCAUCCGACUUGGACUGGCUCUUAACUUCUCUGUGUUUUAUUAUGAGAUCUUGAAUUCUCCCGAUCGUGCUUGCAAUCUUGCCAAACAGGCCUUUGAUGAAGCAAUUGCUGAAUUGGACACAUUGGGAGAAGAGUCUUACAAGGACAGCACUUUGAUCAUGCAACUUCUUCGUGACAAUCUCACUCUCUGGACCUCCGAUAUGCAGGAUGAUGGGGCUGACGAAAUCAAGGAAGAUCCCAAACCUGAAGAAAAGAAUUGAGGGAAAUUGGAACCCUGUAAUUGCUUUUUUUCACUUCUCCCUGGUUGUUUUUAUUGGGAGAAGCUGAUUAUCAUAAUUUCUAGUAUUAUGGUUUUGCAUUAAGAGGUUUUCUUCUUAUUGGCAACAAACAGCUACUUUAAUAUUUGAUGUUUUAAAAGUUCCAUCUUUAAUUUAACGUGGUUCUGGAGGUUUAA